AUGCCGGAUACUCAGAUAAAUUACAUGGCCAAGGUUGGUGCUUAUCUCCCCAGAAUGCCCGUCCGAGUUAACUCAAACCUGCCCACAGUCAUUGAGCCGGGACCGGGCAAGUUUGCCUACACCCGGCGUGAGCCCUUUGGUGUUUGUGCUCUUGUCAUUCCCUGGAACUUUCCUUUGGUCAACGUGGUCUGGAAACUGGCGCCUGCUGUAGCAGCUGGCAACACGGUAGUGAUUAAGGUUGCAGAACAGACACCACUAUCUGCUCUGUAUUUCGCAAAUUUAAUCAAGGAAGCAGGAUUCCCGCCAGGCGUCGUUAAUAUCAUUAACGGCCUGGGUUCCGCGGCAGGGUCCGCCCUCGUCGAACAUCCGGAAAUCAAUCUAAUCUCUUUCACAGGUUCGACUGGUACGGGAAAGCUAAUCAUGAAACAAGCCGCCUCGACUAUGAAGCACGUUGUUCUGGAAGCCGGAGGGAAGUCGCCUAUGAUAGUUUUCAAUGACGCCGACCUCGAACAAGCAACUCGAUGGGCACAUGUUGGUAUCAUGAGCAAUCAGGGUCAAGUUUGCUGCGCAACUAGUCGAAUACUAGUGGAGAAGAGCGUCUACUCUAAAUUUGUGGGGGAGUUCAUCAAGGUGGUCAACACAACUUCGACAGUAGGUGACCCAUUUGCAGACAGCACCUUCCAGGGCCCACAGGUAACGAAAGCACAAUUCGAUCGGAUCUUGUCUUAUAUCGACGCCGGAAAAAGGGAGGGCGCUACUCUAGUCCUGGGUGGUAAAGCUAUCAAGGAUGCCAACGGCCAAGGUUUAUACAUUGCACCCACAGUGUUCACCGACGUUUCUCCUGAGAUGAGCAUCUACCAAGAAGAAAUAUUUGGGCCAUUUGUGGUCAUCAUCCCUUUCUCCACAGAGGAAGAAGCUAUUGAGUUGGCCAACAAUACCAUUUUUGGACUUGGAGCGUCCGUUUUCACAACCAAUCUGCAGCGAGGGCACUCAGUUGCACGGGAGAUUGAAUCUGGCAGUAAGUCAACACAACUUGGGGUACUUGAGACCGAUGAAACUAAAAGUAACAUUUUAGCGGUGUGGCUAAACAGCAGUACCGAUGCUGAUUAUCGGAUCCCCUUCGGUGGGAAGAAGCAAUCUGGGCUGGGCAGGGAGUGGGGAGAGCAGGGCAUCAUCGAGUUCACCAGUCUCAAGGCAAUCCACGUAAACCUUGGUUCGAAGCUGUGA